AUACAGUUCAUACGUUUAAUGUUGAAGAUUAUGUUAUAGUUGCUAUGUAGCGCUAUCACGCGAAAACUAUUAACUAACUAAAAGGUAUAAUAUUAAUGUUCACAAUCGGCUUAUUCAUAAGUAAUUUAAGCGAAUUACGAGAGCGAAACUAUUGAAAAAAAGUGAUUUCAAAAAAUGCAGAAAGUUACUGUCGCUGAAGAAUACAAAAAAAAUAAGGAAUUAACCAAAGAAGAUAUUCGAAGGGUGGAAGAAUGGCUAGAAAAACAACCCCAUUUACCUAAAAUGGAAGAAUUGGAGAUAAUUUUAUUCCUACAUAGUUGCUCGUAUAGCGUGGAAUUUACAAAAACCACGAUCGAUACGUAUUUUACAAUGAAAACGCACGCUCCUGAAUUCUUUACCAAUCGAAGUCCUGACCUGCCCUCAGUCAAACAACUUUUAAACGUAGGUUUGUACGUCACCCUUCCGAAACCAACGCCGGAGGGGUACCGGGUGUUGUUUGCCAAAUUAAUGGAUAGCGACCCCGAUAAUUAUAUUUUUUCGGAUGCGUGCAAGGGUUUUGACAUGAGCACUAUGCUGCAUUUGAUCCAAGAAGGCACCGACAACGGCCAAAUAAUUCUUUUCGACAUGAAAGGCCUCACGUUCGGUCAUGUGACCAAAUUGGGUAUUGUUACCAUGAAGAAAAUGCUUUACUAUUUACAAGAUGCCCUUCCAGUUCGAUUGAAAGGUUUACACUUUAUUAACGUGGUACCAUUCAUGGAUAAGAUAAUGGCCCUGAUGCGGCCAUUUAUGAGAAAGGAACUGCUAAGCGUGUUUCAUUUGCACACAAAUGGCAUGGAAAGCUUAUAUAACUUUGUUCCCCAAGAAUGUCUCCCUAAAGACUAUGGAGGAACUGCAGCUAGUUUAACUGAAUUGCACGAACAAGUGAAGAAAAACAUCAACGAGAAUGCAAACUACUUUGUCGAAGAUGAGAAAAGGAACGCUGACGAAAGUAGACGACCAGGAAGGCCGAAAGUGUCUGGAGAAAUUUUCGGAGUGGACGGGACAUUUCGAAAGCUAGAACUCGAUUGAGAUCAUGAGAAUUUUUUUGAAUUUAUAAAUAUUAUACAUAUACAAUGUUAAGGUAGUCCGGUCGGGCAUUGAAUUAUCACUGGUAAAAACAGCAAAUAAAUAAAAAUUAUGAAAUUUA